UCAGUAUACUAAUUGUCAUUUGUCGUGGUCAAAUCUAUUGUAUUUGUAUUUGUACUAAGUAGAAUAUUUGAAAUGGAAAUCAUAAAUGUAUAACGUUUUAUAUUCUGUGCCAGUGUUAUCAUUUAAAAUUUUCAGUAGUCCUACUCAAGUAUCAGUGAUUUUGUUGUGUAUUUUGUUCAUAUCAAAAGUGUAUUUUUUCCUCCCUAAAAAUAUGCAGUUAUGAACUAAUGACUUCUAUCAGAACUGAAUGUGUAUGAAUAACAUGGAACUAGAUCCUACAAUUUUUUUUAAGGACUUAAUUACAUUCACAAAGGACCUUAAAAGGGGCCCUAACGAAUGUUUGCGUUUAUUGGAAACCUUAAAUCGCAAUUUAAUUGAAGAACAAAUAAAUUCAUCUUAUAUUGAUUUAUUUUUAAUUCAUUUAUUUGAGAAGAACAAUGGUUUAAUACAUUUCCUUGAUAUUGGUAUUAAAAUUAAAGAUUUAAAAAAUGCUGUAACAAAAGCAGUGGAAAUACUUUAUACGCUUGUUAACAAUUUUCCAUACAGAUUAGUUGAAAGUAAUAUUUUAGAUAUAUACAGUUUCUGCAACACUGUAAUAAAAUUACAUACCUUUUCCGAAGUAAAAGUGAAAACACUGGAUUUACUAUUUAUCAGUAUUGAUAAACUUGAUAUAUGUUUUGAUACUAAUGAUAUAUCUUCAACAUAUAAGGAAUUACUUAACUCUCUCCAAAAUGCGUUAAAACAGAAGCAUUGUGAUACGGUGAAAGAUAAAGAAUUGGUGGUUCUGGGUUAUUUUGCAAAGCGAUAUCAGUACCUCAUUAAGCAACAUAAAGAUUUACAACUACUGUUUGUAAGAAACCUUGACCCAGAAUUAUUUAAGCCUAAGAAGUCGCAACAUAUUAUUUGUGGAUUUUUCACUGGUUUCUCUUAUUUUUGUGAAAGUUUCCCAUUGGAUCCAACAAAAAAUGAAGAUAAAAAGCUAAUUGAGAAGUUGUAUAAACUUAUUUAUAACUCCGUUACACCAACAGACAGAAUGAAAAUUGGUAAUAGAGCUGCCUUAACAUUUCUUGCAAAUUAUAUUGGUUUAUAUGGAGAAUCUUUAUUAAAAGACUACAAAUUUUGGCAUACAAAACUUUUGAAAUGGUUAGAAAUGGGCAUAGAUGAGAAAAAAGUUGGUGUUGUUGUAUUAAAAGCUUUCUUCCAAGAAAUUUCUGUACUUAUAUGUAAUAAAUCUGAAGGAGACUGGAGUGCUAUUGUAAAGUACUUUAAUCAAUGGUCUUUGGAUGUAUUAAAGAAAGACAAUGUUUCCAAUUAUGAAAAGCAUUUGUCAAUACAAUGUCUGAAAUUCUUCUCAAGAGCUUCUUAUAAGUAUUUACCACAGAAUGAUGUGACACAUUUAUUUGUGGUAAUAAUGCAAAAUUUCGAAAAUAAUUACAUUUUGAAUUAUGAUCCAAAAAAUCAGGAAUGGGAGUACUUACCUGAUUAUGUUCAAACAGUGGCAAACUUUAUGCAAUUUAAAACUUUCAAAGCAAGUGAAUUCUAUUGCCUUCAGAGAGCGGUAAUUAAUAUGAUCAAAUCAUUUCAUCAACUUCCUUAUUUACAUUAUCAUUUAGUUAUUGAUGGAAUAAUUAUAACAUGUUUUUAUUUAAAGAAGUCUCAGUAUUUUGAUCCAUUUUUGGAAAAUAUGGUUUAUCAAGGUAUCAUGUGGUCUUGCUCACAUCAACACAUUUCGAAUGCCGAUUUUUCAGAUGAAAUCGAUAAAAAUCUGAUAACAGUAAAAAAUUUUUUACCCUUAUGGACCGGUAUUCUGAAAUUAUCAUCUAAUAGAACUUAUGAUAAAUAUGGUUUAUUUCUGGAAGAUCGAAAGUAUAUUCUUGAAAGGAUUGUCAGUCAACUUGUCAAAGCACUUAUGAUUCUUAUUAAUAAAUUAAACUUAUCAGUGAAAUUAAAAGAAGAAAAUGUCACAGUAACAGAAGUGGAAAAAGCUUAUCAAGUGGAACAAACAAGUGACUAUGCUAUUUUCUUAAAUGUUGUCGAUUUGUAUCAGGAAAUUUUCGACAAUAUUGAGCCAAAGAUGUUUAAGAAAUGUAUUUGUAAAAUGAUUAAACACAUUCUUAAUAAAUGUAUAAAUUAUCCAUUGAUUAGUGGAUUUUACAAAUUAUUAUCAUAUAGCUUAAAAAUUGCAAAUAAACUGGAAUUGUUUAAAGAACACAAUGAGAACCAAGAUAUUAUAAAUAUGAAGGAGACCUUGAGAGAAUUUUUGGAAUUAUUACUAGAUAAAAUGACACAGUAUAAAGAUGAAUUGUUAAUUGCCUGUUUAAAAGUUCUCCUAGAGAGUCCUGUGAUUUUAAUUAAAGACAUGUUACCCAUUUGUGUUACUCCUUUUAUAACAGUAUUUAACAUUGGAAGAAGCUAUUUCCCAUUAGCAGAAAUGGGUUUGAAUACAUUACAACAUUGGCAGGACUCUCUGAAUAAUGAAGAAUUUGAUAGCUUUGUAUCAAAAAUUAUUCCACACUUGGAUAGUUACUUAAGAAGUAAAUCUUUACUUGGACAAUGUCAAGCAAAUGUUACUGAAACUAGACGAAAAACAGCUCAAGUCUUAAAAAAGAGGAGGGUUGUUUUAGAGAUGGAACCUGAGCUCAUGAAACUUCAAAGGAAAAUCUUAAACUUCAUAGGAAGGCAAACGUCUAAAGUUUGUCAUGCAUUUGUUUAUUCUGAUGAACUUAAUGAAAUUGUACCAUCAUCGAUUUAUGGAGGGAAUCUUCACCUUAAAGUAGCAUUGCCUUAUGAAGACAUUAAUGUGGACAUUUAUUUAGAUGUAUUUGUUCCACGUAUAGUGAACUUGGCAUUAUAUAGCAGUGAUAGAAAGACAAAAAUCACUGCCUGUGAAUUACUUCAAGCAAUAAUUAUGGUAUUUUUAGGAAGAGCUAAGACCAUGAGUGGUACUGGCCUGUCCGAAUUAGAAGAUUUAUUAAAGGUAGUAUCAAUGCCUUUACUUCAAUUGGGUUGUGAUAUCGAUCAACUAGUACAACAAAUAUUUUCGCCUUUAGUUUUUCAGUUAAUGCGUUGGUACGCAUCUCCAUCUCAGCUAAGGGGAAGUCAUACUGCUAUUGUAAUUGAUUGCUUGAUGGAAAGUAUUACUCAUCCUACCAAUUCUUGCUUAAGGGACUUCUCUGGUAAAUGCAUUAAAGAAUUUGUAAAAUGGACUAUAAAGCAAAUGAGUGAAGAAGUUCUUUCUGUAGAUCCAAUCAAUAUUAAGAUUUUAAUAAAAAAGAUGAGAUUCUUCAGCAGUCAUACUGAUCCUUUAAAAAAAUUAGGAGCUGCAUUAAUUUUUAAUAAUAUUUACAGAGAAAUGAGAGAGGAAGAUUCCCUUAUCAAUAUUUUUUGGUUUGAAAUUCUACAUAUAUUCAUCAACAGCUUGUCUCUCACCGAAAAUAAUUUAUUUGAAGAUGGGAACACUACAAUGCAGAUUAAUAAUGCUCUUAGUCAUUUGGAAAGAGUUCUAAUAGAAAAAGCACACAUUUUUAGAGUAAGUAAUGAUAAACGCAGGGUUCCAAGUGAUGUAAGUGGAGAUACUUUAAAAGAUCUUGCUGUUUGGUUACUCAAGCAAACUGGAAAUAAUAGCAUGCACUGUAGAAGAGCUAGUAUGGAUUUAUUUAUUGCUGUUGCUCCUUUAACAUCAAACAAGAAAGUAAAUUUAAAAGCUUUUGUUAAUGAAAUUUUCAAUUCUGAUUUUAUUAAUAGCAUUUAUGAGAAUUCCUUAGAAACAAAUCCAACACUUAGAGGAAUUUCCCACUCAGAAGAUUGUUCUGUUUUGUUGAAAUGGAUGCAAGGUUUUUGUUGUGCACUAGAUGGCUACAACUUUGUUAUAAAGAAUAAUUUAUGUGAUAUUAAUUUUAAAAAUAAUAAAACAUUUACUGCUGUCAACUACUUUCUUAAACAUUUGCAAAAAGCUGAUAUGGCAGAAGCAUUAAACCUCAUAGAACAUAAAACGUGGACAUUUACAACUCUUGAUAUGGAACAAUUUAAAAAGCAAAAGUGUGCAUGUCUUCUAUCGAUAUUAAAAGUUUUUAAUGCAGUACUUUCCGAUGAAAUUUUAUUAAAAAAAUCCAGUGUAUUGUGGAAUAAAGAAAUUUGGGAACUUAUUUUGAAUACCAUAUUUUAUCCUCAACAAUUGGGCUUAGAUGAUAGAGUGUCACAACCAAAAUAUUUGGAAAUGUUAAAAAUCUUGUUAAAUAAUCUUCCAAGAAAAAUAUCGGGAGAUAAUAUUUCUGUAUUAGUUGAAAUGCUGUCUGAUUUUGUCGAACAAAAUUACACUUCAAAUAUAGAUUUAAAGAGAAAUGUUACUCUUCUUCAAAGAAAUAUUAUGAAUGGACUCCUAUUAUUAAAUUCCACAAAUAUUAAUAAGUGCCUGAAAAUCGAAAAAUAUGUGAAAGGUCUAAUUAAUAAACUCAUGCUGAGCUUUUAUGGUACUCUGAAUGAUGACAACGAGCUAUUUAUAAAUGAUUUUCAAGAAACUACAGUUGAAUAUUGCUGCUCCAUUUUUGAAUUGUCAUUGACAAAUAUGGAUGAACUUAAAGACCUUAUAAAUCAUUUACAUCGAUCUUACUCAGUUCAAAGUAUGGAGUUUAACAGGGAAAUUAAAUUUGGCAUUUUUCUCUUGAACACAUUCGGAGGAGUUGUCAUACCUGUCAUUUUAAAGAAUUUUGACACUUUUUUGAAAGUGUCAAUAGAAGCUGGAAAUUUAAUACUGACAGUUGAACUAGUGAUAUUUAUUUUAGUUUAUAUUAUUAAAAACAAAAACUACGAACAUUACUAUGAAGAUAUGUCGAAGGAGUUAUUGAGUAAAUGGAACACUUUUGAGCAUUUAUUUAAUUCAAAAACAGAAUAUACUCAGUUAGGACUUGAAUAUAUCAAAUUAUUUAUUGUGAUCUGUAAAUUUCACGAUGUUGGCCAACUUAACAAUUGGUUGAUUAAACUGCUGAAGCAAGAACAGGAUUUGAAUAGCAAAUUACAAAUAUUUAAUUUAUUGGUAAACACAGUAGAUGAUAACAAUAACCUUCAGUCAGGGACUGAUUUAGAAAGUGCACUGUUAGGUUUAUGUGAUAAGAUCAUCUCCAUCGAAACGACCAACAUAAAUUUUUCAUUUGACAAAAUGCUAAAUAGUAUACCUGUUUUAAAAUCCAAUACAAUUUUAAAGCUUCUUGUUACAUUGUAUGGAAAAUUAACUACUGAUCUAGAUGUAGCAACAUUAUUGAAUCAAUUUAUUAGAAACGUUGGUGUCCAUACACAAGAGAUCUCUUUGAGAACAAUUUAUGAGGUAUCAAAAGAUACAGAAACAAAUUUUCAAAGUAGAUAUAAGAUUAUAAAGAGUAUAAUACCUCCUUUGUUUCAAACUUGCCAUAUGUCUGCUUUUGAAAGAUUUUUCGAAGAAUUUAUAAAUGAUAUUAUUGCCACAUUGAGGAAUACUGAUGAUUUGGAAACAAAUAUACUUAAUUUUGUACUCAUUGAAGUAUUAUUUUUAAGAAUACCCAUAGGAACUGCUCAGCGAACUGAUUGUUCAAUAUCAAAUGCUGCAAAUAACCAAAAGUUGCCGAUUUUGUUUCUUAAAUUCAGUUUAGAGGCUUUUAAAAAGCAUUCUGCUGCGACCAAUGAGAUGCUUAGAUUAUAUAAGUGCCAUGCUUAUAAUGCUUUAGCAUCCAUAAUAAGCAACUCGGUAAAAUCACCACAAUUUUAUGAAAAAUUAUUUGCACGCUAUGAAAACGACAAAGAAAUUUUAUGGAGCGGUAUUGUAGAUACUAGCAUUGCUUAUCAGUUUCCGAUUUUAUUUGACACCAUUCCUUCUCAAAGAAAAGUAAUUAUUAAUAUAAGAGAUGAACUAAGGGCACAGCAGAGGCAGGAUGAAUAUAAAAGUAAAUCAUUGAAAUAUAUUGAAUCACAAAAAUUAUUCAGCAGUUCGUUGAGCGAAGAUGUAACAAAUUUCGAUUUCACUAACACUACUCUAAGAAAUGAGAAAAUACAUAAUGAACAAUCCGGUAAUGAUUCCCUUCAUUACCAAAAUGAAAUUCAACUUGAUGCCGUAGAAAUCAAUAAUCACGAAUGCAUGGCGACUAUUUGUGGAUUGAUACAACACAUUUUUGAUACUGGCAUAAAUGAUUUGCCAAAUUUAGAUGAUGAAGAAGCUACAUUACCAAACUGGAUGAAGGGUAUACGUACUAUCCUAUUGGCUAAUGACAAUCAUAAAAAUAUAAAAUUGUUUUUGGUAAAAGUUAUAGACAAUAUGAUUCAUAUUUUCAAUAGUUAUUCCCAAUGGUUUUUGGAACCACUGCUACAAUUUGUUGUUGAUAAAUGUGCUGGAGACAAUUUGAACUAUUUCGUAAUCGAUGUUGUUUGCAUUUUGGCUAAAUGGUCAUCAAAUAUAUUAAAACCCAAUGAAAGGGAAUGUAAGCUUGCUACUGAAAUGUUAUUAUUCUUAAUAACAAAUAUAAAUAGUGAAAGAACAGAUGUAUUCAAAUAUAAUUUAGACCUGAUAAAAUUAAUUGUGGAGUCUUGGAAAACUCAUAUUGAAGUACCUAGCAUUAAGCUGCUUGAGAUUUUGUCAUCUGAAAGUAAAUGUGAAAUCGGAAUUCAUUUGUCAUCAAUUUUUCUUGUUAAUAAACUAGAACCAUGGCAAGAUAAUAAAACAGAAGGUUUUAUUACAGUUUUAUUAAAAAAACUUAAUUCUUCUAAGAAGUCUACUUACAAAUCCUGUGCAGAAACAAUUGGACUUAUGCUCAAAUAUUUGAAUGGGCUAUAUGCUGAAAAAGUAGAUAGGGAUUUAAAAUCUAUUGGUGAUUUUAAUAAAUAUGUGCAUUGCUUAGAAGGUGUUGCCAUACAUUUCCCUCAAUUAGUAAAUGUGUAUCAUAUAUCUAAAUUGAUUAGUUCACUUAACCAGUUUCCAGAUGCUCAAAAAAUUGUACAUUUGAAAAUUAUAUUUCGAAGAGUUGAAAUGUCACUGGAUAUUUUCGAGGAAAUAAGUGAUUUUAAAAUUGUUGAAUGGAGUAAUCUCUUAGAACAUGCUAAUUUAGAAAUACAAAUAAUUACACUAAGAAUUAUUAAGACAUGUUUGGGUAUAUUUAUGAGUUAUCAAAAUUAUCCAAAUAUAAUUAAAACUCUUGGAAGGAAUGUUACCAAUCCAAAUACGUUAUACCGUAAUUGCAUUUAUGACAUAGCUAUUGCAGUGUAUAAAGAGAAUAAAGAUAUAUCGGACAUUUGUAAAGAAAUACUUAUUUUUGGUCUGGUAGACGAAGAUGCUGAUAAUAAGGAAAAAAUUAUCAAUUUCUGGAAAGAAAAUUCGGAUUUACCUAACACUGUAGUGGAUAGAUUUUCUUACUUGCUUUCAAAUCUUUAUAAAGCCAAAAUGGAAGACUAUUUCAUAAGCUAUGUAAACUAUUUUCUUAUUACGGUAUUAAAUACAAGAGAUGAAUAUAACACUGUGAUAUUUGAGCAUCCAUUAGAAGAUUGUAAUUUUGAGGAUUAUCGACUUCAACUGAAUUGGCGAUUGCAACACCCAUCAGUUGUCCCUUUAUUUGCAGAAACUCUUGCUAAUACUGAAAACAGUGAUUUUUAUGAUAAUUCAAAUUUGUUCCAACUUAAGGAGACACAGGCUAAUUUAUCAUUUUCCCCAACUCUGAGCUUGAAGGAACAGGAAUUUUCAAAGUACACAAACUUAGAUAGUUCUCUUUCUGUUAGCAUUACCGAUACGGAAAGUUCUAUAAAAAAUCCCAAUGAUCUAAUUCUGUCACAAAAAUAUCGCUUGCCAAAGAGAAGGUUCUUAAAGGAUAAAUCUAAAAUAUCUAUUAUUUCUGCACAUCAUGAGAUAAAAAAACAAAUCAAAAAGGUAGAAAAAAGAAAGGAUUUGGCCAGAGAAAGGGAAAAGAAAGUUACUAUUUAUCGAAGCUAUAGAAAAGGUGAUUUUCCUGAUAUUCAAAUUUUACUGUCUUCAGUUUUGGAACCAUUGCAAAUGCUGUCCUUGCAUGAUGGUGAAGUGGCAAAAAUAUUAUUAACAGAGAUUUUUAAAGGUAUCAUUCUAAAAAUUGGAAACAAUGAUUUAUUUAUGAAUUCGAUUCUUAACAGUAUUCAAUAUAUUUUUCAAAAUUCUACAAACUUCAAUCCAAACUUAAUUAGUACCCUCUUAGAUAUAUUGCUAAGGCAUAAAGACAAAUUUCAUUUUGGUCAACCACAAUUAAUAUCCUACGUUUGUCAACAAAGUGGUUUAUUAUCUAUUGGAACUUUACUUUUGGAAGAAUACCUCAUUAGUUGUGAUGACUUACCAUCUGGAAGCAAAAAAGGAGCAGGUACUGAAGAAAAUACAGAAACUGUAUAUUGGGUGAAGUUAGCAGAGCUUUAUAAGGAGUUAGAAGAAUGGGAUAUGGUUAGAUCAAUAUUUCUAGAAAAAAUGAAUUGUAAAGAUAUUGUUCAAAAAGCAAUACAAUUCGAAUCUGAGGGGCAAUGGCGAGCUGCUCAAGAACUAUAUGCAGAACUUAUAGAAACUGAUGUAUCAGCAGAGAGGAAAGAUUUCUAUUAUGAUUCUUAUUUUAAGUGUUUUGCUAAUUUAGGAGAAUGGGAGACUUUACCCGAAGCAAUAGAAUCUGUAAUUGCUUCUCCAAAAAUGGACAAUGUUUGGACCAUCCUUUGGGAUAAAGAUUGGUGUCAGCAAAAAUUAUUACCUUGGUAUAUUGAGGCACAAGUUAAGUACACAUUGUUCAAUCAGAAAUGGUCUGAGGAAUUCUCUAAUAACUUAAAUGAAUGUCUUAGUUCUGCAGAAAAAGCAGAAUAUAUACAAACAAAUUUUUCAGAGGAAAUAUCCAUUAUGUGGCUAUUCAAGAAAGAUAUUGCAAGUAGUUCUCUCUAUCUUAACAGCUAUAUAAAGAAUUUUCUAAAUAAUUGGCAAACAUUAAAUCCAAUGUAUGAAUCUUUAAGGUACGAUAAGAUUUUACGGUUGAGGAAUGUUAUUGAAGUUGAUGGGUUCAUAACAACUUACAAAAAUUUAUCUGAUGAUUUUGAAAAUUCCUUAAAGAAAUUGACCACCACUUGGGAGAAUACAUCAAAUGAAAUAAUGCCAUCAGCCUUACUAAAUGAAACUAGAGUAUUAUAUAGAACGUUAUUUGUAAACUUAUUAAAAGAAAAAAUAUUAAAAUUUGAAUUUAUUGACACUAACCAAUGUGUUGAAAAUAUAGAAUCAGUAAAAACAAACUUAAAUUUGUCUUUAAUUGAGGCUGCAAUAGAAUUAAAUAAUUAUUAUAUAUCAAAAAAAUAUUUCAAGAAAUAUGCUACCCAAGAAAAUUUUAAAUUUCAAUUGGCUUUUGGUAACAUCGCUUUUCUUAAGUCGAAAACAAUAGCGGAUCCACAAGAACAAGUGAAGGCCUUGAUCCAAACAGUAGAUAUUUUUGGAUCACUCUUCAGAAAAGUAAAUGAUAAAGCUGUGUUGCUACCAGCUAAUAUAAAAUAUUUUGAUAUAGUUACCAAUAUUUCACAUGUAUUAACAAAUAACCAAGCAUUGCUGCCCCAAUUUCAAGAAAAGCUUAUAGCAAGUUUUGGAACUGAAGUUAAUUCUCCCGAAGAUAUAAACACAUAUGCAUCGAGCAAAUUACAAUUAGCUGUUGAAAACAUUGAAGCAGCUGGUGAUAUGGACUGCGAAAACAAUAGUAUUUGUACGUCUUCUAAAAUUAAUUAUAUUGCAAAUGCAUUUGUUAAAUUAGCAUACUUCAUCAGAGAUAGGAAUGAUGAACUACUUCAGGGAGAUUUUAUUUUAUACGUUCUUAGAGCAAUGAAAUUAAAUUCAUUGGAAGCAAAACAGCUUUUCCCCUGCAUAUUAAUACAAAAUCGACUGGGAACUGAUUAUACUCAACUUUUUAUUGAUGAGACUGAAAAAAUUCCAACUUGGAUGUUUUUGGGUUGGAUACCCCAGUUGCUAGCGAAUUUAGAUACUAAAAAAAUAUAUGCACUUUCAAAAAUUGUGUUAAAAAUUGCUGAAACUUAUCCCCAAGCUAUAAUGUAUCCCUAUCGACUAAGUAAGGAGCACUAUAAUUUAAAAGACAGUGAAGUGGCAGAAGAUACACAGUUAUUAAUAAAAAAGCUUGAUUGUCUACUGCUGAACGAUCCAAUGGUUGAUAAAUUCUUAAAGGCACUGUCUUAUGUUACUGUACCUGCUGCAAUGCUAAAAUAUUAUGUCGGUAAAAUGAAGUCACAGAAGGAAAGCGAGGUUAUAGCUGUUCAAGAAAGUGUUAUAACUAAUAUAUUCACAGAAACACCUAAUUCCAAGAAUAUGAAUAGCAUGCAAGGCAAUAUGUUCAAAAAUAUAGAUAAAUAUAAGAGGAGAAUACAAAAAAUUUUGACUUCAAAAAAGAUGAAAGAUGAAUUAAAAAAAAUUGAAGAAGAACUAUCAUGUAUGUUACAAUCUGAAAAAAAUUCAGUUCUUCUUAAAGAUUAUUGUCCAUGGUUAGCAAAUUUUUCUGCCAACAAAUUUAACCUUGACUUGGAAAUUCCUGGUCAAUACAAUGGAAAUAAGUUACCUUUACCACAACAUCAUAUUAAAAUAUCAGGAUUUUAUCCAAAUGUGAUUAUUAUGAAGUCAAUAAGAAAACCAAUAAAAUUAACAAUAGUGGGAAUUGAUACAAAAGAAUAUCCAUUUUUAAUCAAAUUUGGCGAGGAUAUCCGUCAGGAUCAAAGAAUAGAACAGUUGUUUGGGCUAAUGAAUGGUAUUUUUAAAAAUGAUGCAACCUGUCGCGUAACUAAUUUAGAAAUUUUAACUUAUGAGGUAAUACCCUUAACAUCCAGCUUAGGAAUGAUACAGUGGAUUAAUGAUACACAACCAUUAAGUAGUUUCAUACAGAAAUCCUUAAAUAAAAAAGAGAUUAAAGAAUUUGAUAGAAUACCAGAGGAUUAUACUAAUUGGUUAUGUAAAGGUAAUACACCAGCUGUUAAAUAUGGAUUGUCGGCAGUUAAGUAUGACAGGAAUAAGACCGUCACCUUUUAUCGAAGCCUGGUGAAUAGAAUUCCAUGGGAUAUUCUCAGGAAAUCCUUUUGGUCAUUAAGCAACACCACAGAAAACUAUAUUGCCCUACGAAACAAUUUUAUAAAGAGUUAUGCGCUGCUCUGCGUCAGUCAAUGGAUUUUGGGAAUAGGUGACAGACAUCUAAACAAUUCGUUGGUAUGCGUUAGAAACGGUAAAGUUUUGGGUAUAGACUUUGGCCAUGCUUUCGGUACAGCAACACAGAUUCUGCAGGUACCUGAACUUGUACCUUUUCGAUUAACCCCACAUAUAAUAAGUCUCAUGGAGCCAUUAAAAGAACGUGGUCAAUUUAGACAGUGCAUGAUUCAUUCUUUGAGAGCUCUAAGAGCCAAUCACAAUUCUCUACUGGCCACGAUGAACGUAUUCAUAGAAGAACCUUCCCUCGAUUGGUUGGAACAUGCUUCAAGGUUUGAAAAUAAAGGUGAAGGAACACAUGAUUGGUACCCUAAUGUUAAAGUGAACCAAACUAAGAGAAAACUUGAAGGUGCAAGCUCCACUAAAAUAUUGGUAGAAGAUCUGGUUGGGGGACGGAAAGAACCUCACUGCCUACAAGCUUAUGUAAAAUUAGUCAACGGAUUACCACAAUUUGAUAAGCGAACUCAAUUAGUUCAUGAUAACUUGAGUGUUGAAGAUCAAGUUGACUGUUUACUUGAUCAUGCUACCGAUUAUAAUCUGUUAGGUAGAAUGUGGGCAGGUUGGAUGCCCUGGAUAUAAUACAUUUCGUUUCGGUGUUCCCUUAUAAGCAGGUAUAACAAUCUCGGCCAGAAUAUUUUCUUAUUAUUUGAUCCUCUUAUACAGGGUGUCUCAGAAAGGUUUAGAUACCACUCAACUAUAGACUUCUGGGAUCAGAAUAAAAUGAUUUAACCAACUUAUCUAUAUAUAAAAGUACUUACUGGUACAUAGUCUGCUAAGUGUGAUAUCAUGAAAUAUUAUUUUUCAGUGUCACUCUAAAACAGUUUUAGCUUGAGAUUUCCCAUUUGGGACAUGUUUUUGUUUAUUCAAAUUAAAUGUAUGUCUUGAAUAUGUAAGAAGUAUAGGGUGUUAUUUUUUUGGAAUACCCACGUCUUUAUUACCCUUGUGUUUUAAGCGUGUGGCUAAAUAAUUUACAUUUUCUGAUAUACAACUAUUUUGUAAAGAAUUUUUGUUUCUCGAGAAAUUUUGAUAUCUUCUCGAUUUCAGGUGAAACAGAUAAUUUUUGGCAUGAAAGGUGCUGCCAAAAAGUUUAUAUUAAUAUAGUUUCUAAAAAGAUUCCUAAGGAUACUGUCGCAGUUAAAUAGGAUGCAUUUUAAAUAGCAUGUUCAUAUAAACUUUUUUCUUACUUUUAUGUGUGUACCUCUUCAAACAUUUGAACCAAAAUCUCAAACACUCUAUAUUUAAAUAUUCUAUUAUCGGAUAUUUUUUUGUUCUGCUCAAAAUGUGUAAUUAGCAGAUAUCAAAAUUGAUCUUUGAAAUAUUAUAUUGAAAAAUGUAAAACAGUUUUAAAAGAUAUUAUAAAAUAUUUUUCCAAAGUAUUCAAAACAUAAUACGAAGUUACUGCCGAAAGCGAGGCAGAAAUUAAUGGCAAAACAUCGAUCAUUAAAAACUUGAUCAUGCAAUUAAAAUGGAUUCUAAUUAUUUGUUCAGAAUGAAAUGAUUUUUGUGUUAAUUGAUUAAAUCGCCCCCGCAUUCAGUAUUAAUUUUGGUAAAUCUGGUCAAUGUCUACCCUAAAAAAGCCAAUUGUCUUUUGAAAGUUUAUUUUAGAAAAAUCAAGUUCAAGAGUGGUGUAUAAGUGCAUGAAAUAAUAAAGAGUCAGAUCAAGGUUAUACUUCAGGAAGUUUAUUUUGUCACAGAUUUUAAAUAACAUAUGUAUAUUUUUUUAAUGUUAUAU